AUGUGGAUUGGUGGUCUUAUUGCUGCUCAUUACCUUCUCAACUCUUCCGGUGUAUCUGGCUCCCGCGAGAUUACAUGGCAGGAAUUCCGUACCGCUUUUCUCGACAAAGGCCUCGUGGACAAACUCGUUGUCGUUAACGGACACAAAGUUCGCGUCAAGUUGCACUCAAAUGCUACUGGAACCAUGUACCCAUCCGGUGUCAACAUCUCUGGAGACUACUACUUCUCCAUCGGCAGCAUGGAAGCCUUUGAGCGCAAACUCGACGAAGCCCAACAAGAGCUUGGUAUUCCUAGCCACGAGCGCAUUCCCGUCGCUUACCAUGACGAGGUUUCUACUAUCCGCAUGAUCCUAGAAUUCGCGCCCACGAUUGCAACGAUAGGGUUCCUCUACUGGUUGUCGAGAAGAAGUUCUGGAGGCGGAGGAGGCGGCAUUUUCAGCUUUGGGAAGAGUCGUGCUAAGCUGUUUGACAAGGACUCACAAGUCAAGGUCAAGUUCAAGGAUGUGGCGGGUAUGGAUGAAGCGAAGGAAGAGGUCAUGGAGUUUGUUCAGUUCUUGAAGGAGCCUGCCAAGUACGAGAAGCUUGGUGCCAAGAUCCCUCGAGGAGCCAUUUUAUCAGGUCCGCCAGGUACUGGUAAGACGUUGCUGGCGAAAGCCACCGCCGGAGAGGCGUCUGUGCCCUUCCUUUCCGUCUCGGGCUCUGAAUUCGUCGAGAUGUUCGUGGGUGUUGGUUCAUCCCGUGUACGUGACCUUUUUGCCUCUGCGAGAAAGUCGGCACCAUGUAUCAUCUUCGUUGAUGAGAUCGAUGCUAUCGGAAAGUCUCGAGCACAGGGGGGCAAAUUCGGCGGUGGAAAUGAUGAAAGGGAGUCAACGCUCAAUCAGUUGCUAGUGGAGAUGGAUGGGUUCAGCUCGCAGGAGCACAUCGUUGUUCUCGCAGGAACCAAUCGUCCAGAUGUUCUUGACCCCGCGUUGUUACGUCCUGGUCGAUUCGACAGACAUAUUACCAUUGAUCGUCCUGACGUCAGCGGCCGCAAGGGUAUCUUCCAUGUCCACCUUGCUCCAUUGAAACUCAGUGAAGAGCUUGCGGAAGAUGUUGAUGCUCUUGCGCACAAGCUUGCUGUGCUUACCCCCGGUUUCUCUGGCGCGGAUGUCGCCAAUGUGUGCAAUGAAGCGGCUUUGCGUGCGGCCCGUCGUGGCGCUGAUGCAGUUGGCAAUAUCGACUUUGACACUGCCAUCGAACGCGUCAUUGUCGGCUUGGAGAAGAAGAGCAAGGUGCUCAGUGCAGAGGAGAAGAAGACUGUGUCCUACCAUGAAGCUGGACACGCCGUUUGUGGCUGGUUUUUGGAGCAUGCAGACCCCAUUUUAAAGGUAAGUAUCAUCCCGCGAGGAGCUGGGGCUUUGGGAUAUGCGCAAUACCUGCCACCUGAUCGUUAUCUUCUAUCCACACCUCAAAUGAGCGAUCGGAUCUGUAUGACGCUCGGUGGUCGCGUGUCCGAAGAAAUCUUCUUUGGCCUCGAGAACAUUACAACAGGUGCUCAAGACGAUCUGCAAAAGAUUACCCGGAUGGCUUUCGAGGCAUGCGCUAACUAUGGUAUGAACAAUGUCAUCGGGCCUGUGAGCUAUGGCGGAGAUCGUGGAGCCAGGGAAGGAUGGACGAAGCCGUUCAGUGAAAAGACUGCGGAGAUGCUAGACUUCGAAGUCAGGAAGAUGAUCACGACCAUGUAUGAGCGAACGAGGGCCUUACUGACGGAGCAUCGUGAGGAUGUAGAGAAGGUAGCCCAGAGGCUGUUAGAAAAGGAAGUCCUGACGCGAGAGGACAUGAUUGAGCUGCUUGGAAAGCGGCCGUUUAUUGGCAAAGCCGAUGAUAUGGACAAAUGGCUUGAUGAACAUGGCGGAGAACGUCCUAAGGUUCCCUUUCCUACGCCUGAUCCUGAAUCUCCCAUUCCUUCACCAUCCGUUGCCUCACGGACAGUCGACGAACGAAUUUAA